CCACCUGGGAGCUGGCAGGCAGCCAGCAGUGAUGAAAGCUCAGGAGAAUGGAAACAGAGGAGCGAGCCUGUUGUAAUCGCUACGCCCACUUGUCGAUCUAUAAAGGCGGCGGGCGAGUCCCGGCAGCCACACGCACCUCGGACCUCUCUCCUCUCUCGCCCUCUUACUCUGUGCCUGCCUGCCACCCGCCGCUGCCACCAUGACCACCACCAUCCGCCAGUUCACCUCCUCCAGCUCCAUCAAGGGCUCCUCUGGCCUGGGGGGCGGCUCGUCCCGCACCUCCUGCCGGCUGUCUGGCAGCCUGGGCCCUGGCUCCUGCAGGCUGGGGUCUGCGGGGGGCCUGGGCAGUGCCCUCGGGGGCAGCAGCUAUUCGAGCUGCUACAGCUUUGGCUCUGGCAGUGGUUACGGCGGCAGCUUUGGGGCCGUGGACGGGCUGCUGGCGGGUGGGGAGAAGGCCACCAUGCAGAACCUCAACGACCGGCUGGCCUCCUACCUGGACAAGGUGCGCGCCCUGGAGGAGGCCAACACUGAGCUGGAGGUGAAGAUCCGGGACUGGUACCAGAAGCAGGCCCCGGGGCCCGCCCGUGACUAUAGCCACUACUACCAGACCAUCGAGGACCUGAAGAACAAGAUCCUCACGGCCACCGUGGACAAUGCCAACAUCCUGCUGCAGAUUGACAACGCCCGCCUGGCAGCUGAUGACUUCCGCACCAAGUUUGAGACGGAGCAGGCCCUGCGGGUGAGUGUGGAGGCCGACACCAAUGGCCUGCGCAGGGUGUUGGACGAGCUGACCCUGGCCAGGGCCGACCUGGAGAUGCAGAUCGAGAACCUCAAGGAGGAGCUGGCCUACCUGCGGAAGAACCACGAGGAGGAGAUGAACGCCCUGCGAGGCCAGGUGGGUGGUGAGAUCAACGUGGAGAUGGACGCCGCCCCUGGCGUGGACCUGAGCCGGAUCCUGUCUGAGAUGCGUGACCAGUACGAGAAGAUGGCAGAGAAGAACCGCAAGGACGCCGAGGACUGGUUCUUUAGCAAGACAGAGGAGCUGAACCGCGAGGUGGCCACCAACAGCGAGCUGGUACAGAGCGGCAAGAGCGAGAUCUCCGAGCUCCGGCGCACCAUGCAGGCCUUGGAGAUCGAGCUGCAGUCCCAGCUCAGCAUGAAAGCAUCCCUGGAAGGUAGCCUGGCUGAGACAGAGAACCGCUACUGCGUGCAGCUGGCCCAGAUCCAGGGGCUGAUCGGCAGCGUGGAGGAGCAGCUGGCCCAGCUGCGCUGUGAGAUGGAGCAGCAGAACCAGGAGUACAAGAUCCUGCUGGACGUGAAGACGCGGCUGGAGCAGGAGAUCGCCACCUACCGCCGCCUGCUGGAGGGCGAGGAUGCCCACCUGACUCACUACAAGCCCAAAGAACCUGUGACCACACGCCAGGUGCGCACCAUUGUGGAAGAGGUCCAGGAUGGCAAGGUCAUCUCCUCCCGCGAGCAGGUCCACCAGACCACCCGCUGAGAACUCUGCUCCUCCUAGCCAGCCCCCCAGGCUCCCCCACUGACCCUGUAGCCUCUGGAUUCCCCAGCUUCAACUCCUGGCUUAGUCCCUUUUCCAUAACCCCUUGCCUGACCAAUAAAGCUUGUUGACUCAUAUGGAAUUCGUCCUGAUUGUAGCCACUGAGGUGGCCCUAGUGAGCAAUGGGUGAACUGGGGGAAAAGUCCGUGGACACCAAC